CUGUCACAAUAGCAGAGAAAACUCUCUGCCUCUGCUUAAAUUCUCUAUGAUUGGAUUCUUUCAGUUUUGAAUUCGUUUAUUAUUCAAAAUUGAGCUAAUAAUUGAGAAUUGUCUCUAUUUUUGAACAAGAAUGCCAGAUCAAGAGGUACCCAUUAAUUUAUUCGCCAAAUUUAUGAACACAAUCAACUAUGCUAUUGAUGGUCCGAUUACAUGGGUGCGAGAAAAAAUCGUGGAACCCAAUCAGAAAGUUUACCCAUGGUAUCACCAAAAAUUUCGACGUGUUCCUACAAUAGAUGAGUGUUACACAGAUGAUCCUGUAUGUUACGCUGAAGCUAAUUUGCAAUACAAAAGAGAUAGGCAAGUUGAUGAAGAAAUUGUAAGCAUUUUACGUCAACGUUUUGAACAUUGUGUAAUAUAUGAAGGUCCUGACCAUUUUAAAAAAUGUAAACCUUUGUUAGAUAUUUACGAAGAAGCAGCAACUAAUUGGUUCAUAAAAUACGGUGAUCUUGGGGCAUAUCACAAUGUAAAAUCGGCUUACAUGAAGCAGAAACAUAGAAUGAUAUGGGAACGUCGUCAUGGACCAGUAGGCAGUGGGGUAAGAACUGAACAAGUGAACGAAUGAAUGUCACCAUUACAGCGUAGUAGAAUUGUACUAUACUUGGAGUGAAUAAAAAAUCUGUUAUUAA